GCUGGCUAAAAAGCGCAGUGGGCGCAAUGCGCACUAGUUCCUGCUCACUCCGAUCACUCUCUCUCCAACUUUCAUCAUCAUCCAUUAAAUGCCUACGUUUCUCUCUCUAAAAAUCAAAUCUUUCUCUCUCCAAAUCACCUUUAUAAUAAACCCAUCAGCUCAGUAAGCUCCCUUCACACACGAAACACACUCUCUCUGCUUUUUUCGGAUUCGGGUCGGGUUUUUGAGAGGGCAAAAUGGAUCCUCCGCUGAUCAACGAGGCGUCUUUCUCGGCGGCGAACCCGGCGGCGUACAGCCUGGCGGAGAUUUGGCCGUUCGGCGGCGAGCCGGGUCGUUUGGGGCUCCGAAUGGGGAGUUUGGGUGGUGGGUUGGGAGAGAGCUCCGGGAAUAGAGAUGGGUCGUUGGAGGAAUCGACGGUGACGGAGCAGAGUGGCGGCGGCGGCGGAAGGAAGAGGAAGGAUGUGAGCUCCGAGGAUGAGUCUUCUAAGAUGGUUUCUACUAGUAGUGCUAAUGGCUUGAAAAAUUCGAGUGGGAAACGGAUGAAGUUAGAGGGAUCUAGAAACGAAAACGGCAAUUCUAAAGCUGAAGUUGAAACAAGUUCAGGGGCUGAUGACAAGCCAGAGGAACAAAGUACUAAACCUUCUGAGCCAGCCAAGCAAGAUUAUAUCCAUGUGAGGGCGAGAAGGGGCCAAGCUACUGAUAGCCACAGUCUCGCAGAGAGAGCAAGGAGAGAAAAGAUCAGCGAGAGGAUGAAAAUUCUUCAAGAUUUGGUUCCCGGAUGUAAUAAGGUUAUUGGGAAAGCACUUGUUCUUGAUGAGAUUAUUAAUUACAUCCAGUCACUGCAGCGCCAAGUCGAGUUCCUUUCGUUGAAGCUUGAAUCAGUCAAUUCAAGGGUGAACAUGAAUCCCACCAUUGAAGCGUUUCCUUCAAAAGAUCAAUUUGAUGCAGCUACGUUGUUAUUUGGAUCACACACAGCAAGGGAGUAUGGGCAGGGCUCGCAAGCCGAAUGGCUGCAUAUGCAGGUUGGUGGUAGCUUUGAAAGAACAGCAUAAACUCAGGGAAUACAAACUCUUCAAGUCCAAAAUUGGUUUGGAAUGUGCUUAAUUAGUUCUGCAUCUGGUGUAAUAGAAAGCUAUUUUCUGAAUGUACUAAUGUAGUGUGAACCUGGCAGUAUAUCAUAUUAGCUGUACGUAAUGCAUCUAGUCUUCUCAUUUCAUCUUUACCAGCUAUACCGUUGUGUAUUGCCUGGGCAUUUUGCAACUAUAGAAAAUGUCUCUGGAUUUAGUCAAAGUGUGCCAACAGAAGGAUUGUGCUUUCUACAAUUUAUUGGAAGAACAUCUGAUUAUUUUUUCACGCUA